UGUUGUCAGCGCGGUUAGCAGUUUCGGGAAACUAACUCUCCCGAAAUUCAGUACAAUAUUUUAAUCUCAGUUAGGAGGACUUGAUUAUGGACCUACUGUAUCUUCUGGUGGGGUUGGUUGUCCUCUUCCACCUUCUUGCCGUGGUGAUGAUAUUGUGUGGAGAUGCUGACAUUCUUCUGCAGAUCAAAUCAAAGUUUGGAAAGUCCGUUAAGUCACUGUCUGGACAAGUCGUGUGGAUUACUGGAGCUUCGAGCGGUAUUGGGGAGGAGUUAGCCUAUGAGUUAGCUAGGGCUGGAUGUCGACUGGUUCUAUCGGCACGACGGACAAAGGAGCUGGAAAGAGUCAAAAAGGAGUGCAUGUUAAGGGGAAGAGUCAAGUAUGAUAACAUUUUAAUACUGACACUGGAUUCUAUUGACUUUGACAGUCACAAAAGUGCUGUGGACAAAGUCCUUACACACUUCAAGCAUAUAGAUGUGCUGGUGAACAAUGCAGGUCGGGCUCAGCAGGCCGUAUGGAUGAGGACAUCGCUCAAGGUUGACAGGGAUGUGUUGGAGCUCGAUGUCCUGGGGGUGCUGUCCCUCACCAAGCUCGUUCUCCCCCACAUGGCUGACAGGAAGUCAGGGCACAUUGUCAAUGUUUCCAGCAUUUUAGGGAAAAUUGGUGCGCCACUUUCAGGAUCUUACGCAGGUGCAAAACAUGCUAUACAGGGUUGGUUUGAUUCACUGAGAGUAGAGAUGAUUGACAAGAAUGUCAGUGUAACCAACAUCUGUCCUGGACCUGUCUUCUCCAACAUCCUGGCGGUGGCUUUCACAGAGAAUGAAGGAGAGGAGUUAAAAAGCCAGAUGAACACAAAUGAAAAUCGUAUGAAGACCGACCGUUGUGCUUACCUGAUGGGGGUCGCCAUUGCCAACAAGAUGUGGGAGGUGUGGAUUACAAACAACCCCGUGCUGUUGUUUACUUAUGCAAACCAGUACAUGCCCAACGUCACAAAAUGGUUGUUGUGUACAAUGGGUCUUGAAACCAUCCAGAAGAUCAAACAAGGACAAAUAUAAAACUCACCAAGAAGAUCCUGUUAUCAUAAUAGUUAUAUUGUAUUAUUAUAUGAUAAUAUUUUAUUCCUUGAAGUACAAUCCAACUAUAUAUAUAGUACAACACAACUUAAUUGCAUAUACCAGUAAGUCCAUAAUAUUUUCUUCCAUGUUUAUCUUAUCGCAUACUGCAAAAUAAAACAUCACAAGAAUGUAAGUCCAUGUUCAUAGUUUCCUCCUAAAUAAAAACUACCAAAAGAAGGAAUAGGCAAAUGGCAGUAACAGAUUUCCGACAUUGAUAGUUGUGUACGAUAGGCAAACCACACCAACACGUACCCGUAUAUGAUACAUUAGCAGAUGCGUAGUGUAUGAAUAUAUAUAUAUAUAUAGCAACACACACCAUUGUACCAGCUUGUAGCGUACCGAUCAAGAACGUAAUGCAAGCAGGCCUAGUAAAGUCGCCAAACCCAUCCCUAAUAGGUUCCUGGACAUGUGACAUGUGCAAUAAGGUGGAAACAAAUCCUAGAGCCAAGAUGGUGGAGUAUGACUGUUCCAACGAACGCUUCUGUCUACGAAUGUAAUCGGCCAUAAAACAAUCAAAUGGAUAGAAGACUUCCCGAGUAACCUUCAUCAAAAUGGGUUGGUAAAUGGUUCAUCAUCGAAGUCUCAUGACGUCCUCAGGGGAGUUCCUCAAAGAAGUGUGCUGGGACCCAUCUUCGUCGUGCUGCACAUAAACGAUAUGCCAGAGAACACAUUAUCUCCCUGCCCACUUUUUGCAUCAAUUUUUUGAUGGAGCCAAAAGUUGUGAACUUGUAGGCACCGUCCCAAUUUGCUGUGUUUUUACAUAUGGUCAGGACUCUUUUGACCUGCUUUAGUACAUUUGAAGAUUCCUAAAUAGACAAAACGGCCAUAUGGUAGAGAAAAAAAUACUUCGUAUCUGUAUUAAUUUUUUUUUCAUUGAUCGGAACACCUCAUACUCGGUCGAUAUCGUUUGUGUAUUGUUCCUUAUAAUAUGACCCAUUUUAAAAACGAUGUUUUCCUAUUUUAUUGCAUUUUAAAUUGUAGAUCCAUUACAUGACUAUGGCCAGCUGCGUUCGGAUUAGUAUUGAAUUGCUUUAAACCUUGUCGUGUGUGAUUGUACCAAAUAAUUAUUUGUGUCACGAAAUACUGCACGAAUUUGUUGGAGACAGUCAAUGCAGUUUCAUAAAUGGUCAGUGUAAGUUUAGCGAACUAUUAUGGAUUCACAUUUUAUGUGAUUCUCAAAACCAGGAACUGCAUUUGACUGCGUUUACGUUUAUUUAGGGGAUACAAUGUUCCGUCUUGAUAAAUCGAGUCAAUCAGAAUCUUGUAUUCAUUUAAAUCUCUGGGUCUUGCAUUGCCACUUUUUGCCAAUGUUGAAGACACGGACAGACAGUUGGCAUAUGCCUGUAACAACUUCAAUCUUCAAAAUAAUUCAUCUUGAGGGAAAAAUGAAAAUGAAUGUCUAAAGUGUUCCGCAUUGGAGAUGCAAAGAUACAGCGAUAGGGGAAAAGUGUAUAUAAAACUCUUUGUAACGUCAUAUUAGAACUUUUGAGUACAAAAUUUUAUUUAUUCUGAAACUACUAUUCCAAGAAGACCAAGUUAGAUUAAAUUCCAGCAACAAGGUUACGGCCAACCUCGGUGUCAGAAGCACGGAGUCCAACAAUCAUUCAGCGAACAGCGCUCAGGGAAUGUGUUUUUCUCAGGGAUUUUUUUCUCUCUCAGGGAAUGUCUUUUUUGAUGUAAUUUUGUUAUCAAUUAUCGGAUAGACUAAUAAAUAUUUUGUCACUACGUCAUCACUAUGUUCAAAGGAUUUGAAAUAUUUGAUGUGAGGUAUUCGGGAAAUGGUUACCAGAAUAAUAUUUACUUUUUUUUUUACCGGAGAUAAUAUUUGUUAACAUUUAUGCGUGGCUGAUAUUAUAUUUAGAGUUAAAAGUCUGAAUGUAUUUUAUUGAAAUGUUAAUAUAUUUGUUUAAAACAUUAAAAAGU